AUGGUAAGAGCAUCAAAAAAUAAAUCCAAGCUAGACCUGUCGGAGCAGCAGCGAGCAGACAUUAAAGAAGCCUUCGACCUCUUCGACAAAGACGGAACCGGGAUAAUCGCGAGCAAGGAACUAAAAGUAGUUCUUCGGGCGCUCGGUUUCGAGUACAAGCGCGAGGAGCUCAAGAAACUUACCUCUAAGGUCGACCCUGAUAACGAGGGCGUCAUCUCCUAUGAAGACUUUCUGCAUCUAGUCGCCGAGAAGAUGUCCGAGAAGGACGACACGCAAGAGGUGAUGCGCGCGUUCAAACUCUUUGACGACGACGGAACAGGGAAGAUUACUUUCAAGAACCUGAAGCGCGUCGCCAAGGAGCUAGGGGAGACCCUCACUGAUGAGGAGAUCCAGGAGAUGAUCGACGAGGCCGACCGAGAUGGCGACGGUGCUAUUUCACCGGAGGAAUUUCUCAGGAUCAUGAAGAAAACUUGUUUGUAUUGA